GGUUGUAUACACUGCUUAUAGGCUUACAAGUUAAUAGUCACCUAACUUUUUUCUUCAAGGAUGGUCAUUCUUUAAGUCAAUUAUAAAAAGGUAGAUUGGUCUAAUUGAAAUAUGAAAAGUAAAACUGAUUAGUCCUAACUAAUUGCUAGUCUUUGAGAAUAGUUGUUAAGACACAGUCUUAAUUUAGCAGCUAUGUUUAUGCAACUGCCCCCUGUAUAUUUCUUAAGUGGCACACUGAAAUGAAAGUCAACAAGGGCCAGUGUCACUUGGUUAUCUUUUUUGUAUUCUGCAAAAGAAAGAAAGAAAGUCAUCCAGGUCUGGAAUGUCAUUAGGGUAAGUAAACGAUGACAGAUUUGUCUCUGGAAGAAAGUUUUUUGUGACAAACUGUUCCACCCUCCGAUCCUCCAGGGGUCGCAAAAGAGUAAACUAGUACGCUUUUUGUCUGUUUGUGUUUGACCCACGAAAAAGAAGCAGCUGUAACUAGCAAAGUUUAGGUUAAAGUUUCUCCGGUGGAUACGCCGAGUAAAAAAUACUUUUGAGCACAUUAAUUCGUUGCUUGAAAGGUAUAACAGCAUCAUGGCAGAGAAAAUGAUGUGUAAUUGAAGAGGGUCAAGAGAAAUCGAGAUGUUUGUCAGUUAACACCCAUUCAAUGUAGGAGGGCUUGUAGCUAUGGGGACACAGUUCACAAUUGAUGACGCAUUUGUCCUGGAGGGGGAGGAGGAAGGCGUGGUGCCUGGAGAGGAUGUGGAUGAAUGGAAGGGGAGAGAGAAGGACGGCGGGGGGGAGAUGACAUUCGGACCUCUGUCUUUUGCCAAACAGCAAUGUCAUCCCUCUGCUUCAGCUGGCACCCCUGAACACAGCAAUCUGAAAUAUCAGAACCUGGAAAAUGAAGAUGCUUUAUGUGGCACUGUGAACUCUACUUUCAACAACUUUUUUAAAAUCAGUGAUCCUGCUACCCUGUCCUACUGUAGCUCUCAGUGGUCAUUCAGCACACUCAGCUCAGUCACACAGCUGUCUGCUCACUGCUGCGGGUGGACGUCUCACCCUUUGGUGAAGAAGAACAGACGAGUUGUUCUGGCUUCAUUCCUCCUCUUAAUCACUGGAGUCGCUUUGAUCUUUACAGGCAUUGUCAUACAGUUAAACCCACACGUAGGUGUUUCAAGUGCAAUUUUUUUUGUUCCCGGAUUUCUUCUUUUCAUUCCUGGUGUUUAUCAUGUGAUCUAUAUAAGCUGUGCAGUUAGGGGGAGAAGAGGAUUCAAGUUCUUUUAUUUGCCAUACUUUGAGAAGUGAAGACUUCUCGCAUCAUUCAGACUGGUGGGCUGAAUGGUCUCUGCCCAACAUUUCAUGGACCAAUUAAAAAUAUCAGCGUUUCAAAACCCAACAAAAUGAAAUAUGAAGAUUUUUACAAUCUCAGUUAUAGUUUUAUAAAUGAUUUUAUCAUUCCUGUAGAAGUAAGUACAGAGGUGUAAGAGUCACUUAUAUAGAUUAAAUUUACAUGAGAGUUUUACUUGGAUUUAAAGUGUCCAAAACAUAAAAAGGUGAGAAAGCAGGGAUUGUAUUCAUUUAAAUUUAUUCAUUUAAUUCGAGAGUUUUUUUAAGUAAGACAGCACAUUUCUAUGUGACAUUUUGUAUAAGUUGUGCUACACUGUUGUCAGUGUACUUUCUCAAUUCAAUGAAACAUUUUGAAAGCAUAUAGGCUAUCUAAUAGAUGUAAAAAGUUUCCUAUUAAAUGCAUCAGUAUGAAAUUGUACACCACUAACCUUAAUGUGUAGUAAAAAUGAAAUGAUAGACAAAAUAAAUGACACAUGGAAUAAAGAUGCAGCCAAACCAAGAACACAACCAUUUUAGUCACCACCACAUGCACAUACUCUUUAAUGUAUUUCAUUUCUUUGUAAAAUCAUGUAAUAUGCAUAAACCUUAGUAAAUUAUUUUUUUCUACUGCACAUCAAUUAUCGUUUUACUACUAAUACUUCGAACCACUGUUUUAGUGUACAUUAUACAAGAAAUUGAGUGUUGCAAAGAUUUUGUAUUGUGUACUGUAUAAAUCCUUUUGACACUACAAUAAACCUGUUUUUAUAUUUACUUUUAAAUAACGUAUUUGUUCAUUGUACACAAGAGUGAUCGUACAAAAAUCUCACUGAAACAAGAUUCUUUGAGAACGAGAGUGACAAGAUUCUUUGAGAACACGAAAAAGUUAUAACACAGUUGAAAAACUUCUCUAUUCAAGUGUUGGUAGUACCAACAGAUAUUUGAGUGCUGAUCUUAAACUGACACAAUGUUUCUCCUAACAAUUGAAUGUAACAAUUCUUAAUUCAUAAAACUUACCAAAAAGUCAUUCCAAACUGAUGUAGCAAAUUCAUAUAAAAAUACACAUAAAAAUCCUUAUACAAUUCAAUCAUAAUCUCAGUAUUUUGUUAUACCUAUAAAAUUAAUAAUUUUGAUAGAAUUUUUAGCAACUAACAUAAUUUGUUUCAGCUGCUGUCUGACUCUUCAAUUCACCACAUGUGAAAUGCUGCAUUCUAUUACUUUGUUACACUCCCAAAACUUCAUUAUUUAAAGCAUCACACAUCUAAGAGGUAGGUCUACAUGUUGCAUAUUUAGCAAGAUAACAAAAUGAGGUAGUGUUUUGCGGUUUCAGAAAACAUAUUGACGAUUCAACUCUCUUGUUUUUGACGAUAAACACAAACACUAGAAUCUAGUGCCUGAGAACUUUCAUUUUCAAUGUGAAACUUUUGGGUUAGUGUUGUAAU